UUAUUUCAAACAAACUUGAAAGUGAAAUAUGAACGCAAUGAAAAGAGGAGGUAAUUGUCAAAAAUAAUGUAUGGACCAUAGAAAAGUGCCAGAUUUAACAAGAAGAAUUUAAAAAUAAUGUAAAGAAGCGAAAAGCAAGUAAAGCGCAAAAAUGAAUCUAACGGAAUAUAUGAAAUACAUAGUAAUGAAUCUUCAAAUUGAAUAUCACAAACUAUGAAUUCGUUGUAUGCAUUUAAUUAGACAUAAGCCAAUUUGAGGUAGAAAUGAAUAAUUCUACAGACACUGCAGGUGAAAUUAUAGUGUUGAAAAGUGGGUAUGACUUGCCUGUAUAUGGUUUGGCUAAUGGCUCCUUCUAUUAUCUCCAUAUUCCUGCACUUUUCUGUUUAUGCUGUAGUCUGUGCUGUGUUGUCAUUACUCUGACAUUGUCGUUUAAACAUGGGAACUUUAGGACUUUCUUUUCCUGGACCAAAAGUGAACGAUUGAUAAUAUACUUGGCAAUUUGCGACGGCGGAUUCAAUAUUUUUCACAGCAUGGACCAUUUACACUACGUCAUUACAAAAGAUCAUGUACGUCCCAAGGAGCUGUGUGAGUUAUAUGCCUUUUUGCUGGCGGAAUUCGUUGCAUCACAGAACUUAAUGGUUAAUAUUGUAGCCAUUAAUGCAUUUACGAUUAUGGUCUUCAAAAGAAAUAUAAAUUUCGGAACAUACGACUGGAGGCUUUUGGCCUGGACAUUCGGAUUCCCGUUUAUUGGCGCAACAGCUGUUGCUGUCACUGGACAACUUGGACCUAAUGGAUCAUCCUGCUUUUUUGACGGUGUCAAAGCAAAAACUGCCAACAUCUGUUUCACAACAGUUCCCCUUCUAUUAGUUCUGGUCAUGAACAGUGUCAUGUAUGUUGUAACAUGGAAACGCAUCAGGCAAGAAACAAUCUCUUUAAACCAAAUUUUACAGACUCCAAACAUCACAAACAGGUCUCGACGUGCCGCGAAAAAUAUGUCCAUGUUUGUUGUUGCUUUCUUUAUUCAAUGGGGGCCUCUGUCGCUCUUCGGAAUCUGGUUACUACUAGAUGUAAAUAUACCGCUGGCAUUGUUUCAUAUUGUAGUAGUGUUAUCCAACAUUGGGGGAUGUUUGAAUCUCUGUGUCUAUCUGAUCAUCAGACGUAGAAAACUGAAGAGCAGACGCAUAGCCAACGAGCAUAGACAAGCAGACACCAACGAGAUGAAAAUGUCAAACGUAGCUUCCAAGGGGAAAACAUAG